AUGGACAUUAUGACUUUUACACCACCGCGAGAGUUACCAGCUAAACGUCCAGUCCAGGAUGUCUUUUAUGCAGAAAGCACUCAGGGAAAUGAGAAAAAGCUUAAGAGAAAGCUCCCUAGAGAAGAAGCAGAAGAAGAAGAUACUGCUACUUCUCACCCCAAUGCAUCCCAUGCAAGAGAACAAGAACAGGAAGGUGAAGGUGAAGGCGAAGGCGAAGGUGAUGAUGAAGAUGAAGAUGAAGGAUAUAAUCAGAUAAGAAUGGACGAGGCUGAUCAAGAGAAGACAUCUUUUGUCACCAGUCAAGGCUUAUUCUGCUAUAAAGUGAUGCCGUUUGGUUUAAAGAAUGCAGGGGCGACAUACCAGAGGUUGGUCAACCACAUGUUCCGUCCGCAGAUUGGGCGGAAUGUGGAAGUCUAUGUAGAUGACAUGCUGGUGAAAAGCCAGGACGAAGGAAGACAUCUAGACGACCUGCAGGAGACAUUUGAGACGUUGAGGCAGGGAAUUGAAGCGAAUCCAGAUAAAAUUCAUGCAAUACUGGACAUGAAGCCACCGCAAAAUACCAAGGAAAUUCAAUCCCUCACUGGACGAGUCGCUGCGCUUAACAGAGCUUUCGAAGAUUUGAAGGUAUACCUUACCAUGGCACCGCUGCUGAGUCCAUCAGUGGAAGGAGAGGAACUAUAUUUGUACCUAGCGGUAACCCCACAUGCAGUGAGCUCAGCAUUGAUAAGAGAGGAAGAUAAAGUACAAAGACCUGUGUAUUAUACAAGCAAGGCAUUGAAAGGAGCGGAAGGACGAUAUCCACAAAUGGAGAAGUUGGCCUUCGCACUAAUCACAGCUUCAAGGAAGCUGAGGCAUUAUUUCCAAGCACAUGUCAUUAAUGUUAUGACAGAUCAUCCUCUCAAAAAGGCAAUGAAUAGACUGGAUGCUGCAGGACGAUUAAUCCAGUGGGCUGUGGAGCUAAGUGAGUUUGAUAUCAGAUAUCAACCAAGGCAUGCCAUAAAAGCUCAAGCCCUAGCAGAUUUUAUUGCAGAGUUUACCCCAAGUCAUAACGAGGCAGAGGACAGCAAGAGAUGGAUCGUCCACGUGGAUGGUUCGUCUACACGGCAUGCAGGAGGAAUUGGUGUGGUCCUGCAGUCCCCAGAGGGAGACAAGCUGAAACAUAAAGUCCGUCUACAAUACCAAACGACAAACAAUGAAGUCGAAUAUGAAGCCCUCCUCAAAGGGCUAGAAUUGGCGAAGUCCGUGGAAGCCAAGUCCAUACGUGUCAUGGGAGAUUCCCAACUGAUCAUGGGGCAAGUGAAUGGGAUGUAUGAAGCGAAGGAAGGACGAAUGAAGAAAUACCUUGGUAGGGUGAUGCGCCUUGUGAAAAGGUUUGAAAAAGCUGACUUCGUUCAAAUCCCCAGGGAGGAGAACGUGGAAGCUGAUACUAUAGCAAAAGAGGCCUCAGCAGAUGAAUCAUUAGAGAAGUCAGAUGAAGUUCAGUAUAUGCCAAGUAUAGAUGCCCAGGAAGUACAGCAGGUAGAUAACAAAGAAGAUUGGAUGACUCCCAUUAUAUCAUAUUUGAAAGAUGGACGACUACCAGAAGAAAAGGACGAAGCCAGAAAGGUGAGGGUGAGAUCAGCUAGAUACGUCCUUAUGAAUGAAGUGCUAUACAAGAGAGGUUUCUCUCAACCUUACCUUAGGUGCCUAGCUCCGGACGAAGCAAACUACGUGCUGAGAGAAGUUCACGAAGGGGCCUGUGGCAAUCACUCAGGAGCCAGAUCACUUGUCCACAAGAUCGUCCGUGCAGGAUAUUACUGGCCGAACAUGCAAGCUGAUGCAAAAGCAUAUGUUAAAGUCUGCGACCAAUGCCAGCGAUUUAGCAAUGUCCCCAGGCAACCGUCGGAAUACCUCACCCCAAUGGUAGCACCGUGGCCCUUCGCACAAUGGGGAUUGGAUAUCUUGGGUCCCUUCCCUUUGGGAGUAAGGCAGAUGAAGUUUUUAGUUGUGGGCAUCGAUUACUUCACCAAAUGGAUUUGGAGUGCCGAGGGUAUUGGUGUCUGA